UAGUUGAUUUUAAAAAUAUAUAAUAAAACAAAUUUUGUAUAAUUGCUGUUUUUUAUUGUGACUUGCACGUUUUGUAAGAAGAAGCAAGUGUGAAGGCACGUGUAGUGAAUUUGACAUUUUUCUGCAAUAUAAAAACAAAACAUUGAAAUUAAUAUACACAUUUUUUAUAAGGAAAUUAACAGUUAAUAGAAACAGUAAAUCCAAAAAUUUAAAAUGUCAGAAAGAAUAUCUGCAUUUGCGGCUUAUAAAGCAAAUGGCGUAAGCAGAAAACCAAAAAGCGUUUCAAUAAAAAUCGGGAACUCAAGCGCAAGAAAUGCUAAGCUGAAGAAUAUCAGUACCAACACAAAAAUUAACAAAAAGAUCACCAGUACGAUCAAAAUGCCUACUGUGGCUCCAACAAAACCUACGACAAAUAUUGCUAAAACCACCGCAUCACAGAUAACUACAAAAAAAAUGCCAGUAAAAGCCCAUACUAAAGAAGUCACAGUACAGAAUGGAGCCAGUAAACCGGCAAACAAAAAAAAUCCACAAAAGCCGAAUAAAUCGGCAACCUCUGUUCAAAUUGAUAAUUCCAAUAUCAAUCUAUUAGUUGAGGAACUCUUCGAUAGUAAUAAAAAGUUAACCAAAGCGCAAGAGAAAAAAAAGGAGCAAUUGGAAAAGUAUUUAUUGGAUCAAAUGCAGACCGGUGGAUCCAAUGGUACAAGUAGCACUUUGGAAUCCGAGAUAUAUGAUGACGAAGAUGAAACGAACAGUUACUCUAAUUCAGAGAACGAAGUGAGUAGUAAAACGUCGUCAGAAGUGCUUACCAAAACAUCCAGCUCAGAGCCAGCGGCUAAACCAAGUAAAAAUGGCAUAAAACGCAAACAUGACACUGCGUCAGCUUCUACAAACAAGGAAGAAGCAAUUAUAGAAACUAGUGUAGAAGCUAAGAGAUCCAAAACACAAAAUGUUAAAAAUGCUGAAACAUUCAACCGGAAAUCUACGUCUUCGUUAAAAGAAAGUAAAUCAAAGCUACAACAAAAGCGUUCACUGGGUGGUACAGCUAUUGCAAGUGAUAAAGAAAUAAAAUGCACACCACAUAACGUAGGUGCUGAUAUCAAAUUGGAACCACUUUCACCACCGCAUAGCAUAAUAAAAAUGAAUAGCAUAAAAGAGGGUGAAAAGAUGUUCCAUUGGUUAUUAAAUCCAGUGGAAAUCAGAGAUUUCUUCACAAAAUAUUGGGAAAAAAAUGCUUGCUUUAUUAAACGCCAACAUGCCAAUUACUAUUCUACGCUAAUCUCUUUUGAGGCCAUUGACAAAAUGCUUCUUAAGAACUAUAUUGAGUUCACCAAGAAUAUUGAUGUCACCAGCUAUGAAAAUGGUGUACGUAUGACGCACAAUCCAGAAGGACGUGCAAUGCCACCAGUUGUAUGGGAGCAUUAUGGCAGAGGCUGCAGCAUACGUUUGUUGAAUCCACAAACAUAUUUGCAACCGAUUUACACGCUAAAUGCUUCAAUGCAAGAGUACUUUCAGUGCAUGGUUGGUGCUAAUGUAUAUCUAACUCCACCCAAUAGUCAAGGUUUUGCACCACAUUACGACGAUAUAGAAGCAUUUGUGCUGCAGGUGGAAGGACGUAAACGUUGGAAACUAUAUAAACCGCGUAGCACAAGUGAAAUGUUGCCGCGUGUUUCAUCGAAAAAUUUUGAACAAGCGGAAAUUGGUGAACCUAUAAUGGAUGAAGUGUUGCAUCCAGGAGAUGUACUUUACUUUCCACGUGGUGUUAUACAUCAAGCAUGCACUGAACCAGGUUACCAUUCGCUGCAUGUGACUAUAAGUGUUUAUCAAAAACAUUGCUAUGCUGAUCUUAUAGAACACAUGAUGCCCAUGAUCUUACAGCAUGCUUUUACCAAUAAUCUUGAUUUAAGACGUGGAGUACCAAUGCAUAUGUGGCAACAUGCUGGUCUAACGUUUAGCGAAAACGAUACUAGAGAACGUGCAGAUUUGUUGAAGAAUGUCUCACAACUAAUAACGAAAUGCAUGCGUGAUUUUCCUCUUAAUGAAAUUCUCGAUGCUUCUGUCGAUCAAAUGGCAAAGAAAUAUCAGCAUGAAGCUUUACCACCAGAAAUACACCCAUCUGAAUCAAUACGCACUAUAUUCGGUUCACGUAAUCGCACCAACGAGAAGGGUGAGUGUAUUUGUGAUGAUUAUGACAUUGAUUUAACAACCAAUGUACGACCUCUACGUGCUAACAUUAUGCGUUUGGUUAAUGAAGAUGGAAAAUUACGCGUCUACUAUUACUUAAAUAAUUCCAAACAGUAUUGUGAGUAUGAGCCAAAUUUUCUUGAAAUCGGACCCAAUGAUGCGACCAUCAUUGAAGUGCUCAUCAAAUCGUAUCCAGAAUAUGUGGGUGUUGGUCAGCUGCCUUCUGAUGAUGAGCAGCAUAAAAUUGAAGUAAUAACUGGUUUAUUUGAGUUAGGUCUAGUGAUGCUAGAGAAACCCAUUAAAUAAGUAAAGGCUUUUUAAUUGAAAAUUUAUUCUUUUUGAUGUUAUAAAACCAAUGUCUUAUUUUCAAAUUAUUAAGUCUGCUAGUUUAAGAAAAUUUUUUAACAACUAAACAAAAUAUUAAUUGCAUUAUCUAGAAAUAUGAUGUCUAAAAAAGGAGACUACUAUGUAAAACAUAUAAUUUUUGUUAAAUGCUAAAUUAUGUUGUAUAUUCCUAUAAAAACUAAAUUGAUUGUUAUUUUAAUAUAUGUCACAUUGUAGACAAA